AUGGCGGGCUGCCGCCGGCCCGAGCCCCGGAGGGCCCCGCUCGCUCGGGCGGCCCGGGCUGCCUGGAGGGACUCGCGCUCCUGUACUCUGUGUUUUCGGAUUUCUCCUUCGCUCCUCGCUAUUCCACCCCCGCAGCACGGGACCUCCUUCACAGUUAUUUUGUGGGAAUCUGGCGAAGGCCUAGAGCCGCCGCCCCCCUUGCUCCAACCUGACAGUGGGCGCCGGCGACUGGGUGGGAAAAGUGGGUCCCCGGCAGCACCGAGGCCGCCCGGACCUUCCGAGCCAGCGAAACAAAGAGUAGAAGAUGUCCGGCUCAUCCGAGAGCAGCAUCCCACCAAAAUCCCGGUGAUCAUAGAGCGAUACAAGGGCGAGAAGCAGCUGCCAGUCCUGGACAAAACCAAGUUCCUGGUCCCUGACCAUGUCAACAUGAGCGAGCUCCUCAAGAUCAUCAGGCGGCGUCUGCAGCUCAACGCCAACCAGGCCUUCUUCCUGCUGGUGAACGGCCACAGCAUGGUGAGCGUGUCCACGCCCAUCUCGGAGGUGUACGAGAGUGAGAAGGACGAGGACGGCUUCCUGUACAUGGUGUACGCCUCCCAGGAGACCUUCGGGCGGGAGCUGUGCGUGUGCGCCUGAAGAGUGCACGGAGGUCCCGAGCCCUUGCCAAGGAGAGAAAAGGGUGAUACAACCGAGAAGGUGCAGCUCGCGUAGUCGUCAGGACAGUCUUGUUCCCACCUAGGAGGUUCAGGAAGUUGUUUUUGUAUUUUAUGCAGAAAAACUUGAGUUCCACUGAGCACACUUAGCUUUGGAAAGCUCUAUUAUUUAAUCGCAGCUACCUUGUUUUCAAAGUUUAGAAAUUUAAAAA